CGAACCAACACAACAACAACACAGCCGUCAAAGUCAAACCAAAACUGUAAAUUUUUCUGCCAACAAAACACUAGUUAACUUUUCGCAAUCAUUUUAAUCCAAUUUAAGUUAAAUAUGGCUGAAAAAGGGUAACAUUUUUGGUCGCGAAAAGAGUAUUUUUCUGUGCAGUUUUUUUAGAGAAAAUGUCGUUAAAAAUGUGAAGUUACUAUUAUUUAAUUAAUGAGGAACGACUUUGAGGAGGUGGUUAUCAUCAGUUAGUGCUUAUCUUCAAUAGUUCUACUCGAUUAUUGCGGUGUGGUGUGGUCGGUUAUCCUCAAAAGGAUGUUGUUUAAAUGUUAAUUAAUAAACUCCAAUUUUAAUAAUCAGCUUGUUGCAUAAAUUUCCGUAAAAUGUUGGGAAACAGUACAACAUUUUAUUACGGAGGGGAAGAGGAAAAUGGUCACGUCGGUGGUGGUGGGGACGAUAACGGAUACGGGUCCCAAUCUCUGGGCGAAUUUCAAAAGGUCGGCUCUGUCCUGGUUGACGGUGGAGAUCGAUUUGGCGUCAGUGCGGUCACUUUCGACAUGCAGGAGGAACUGAUUUGGAUGGGAAAUCGUGGCGGUCACGUUACGUCAUACUAUGGCGCAAAUAUGGAGAAAUACACAUCAUUCCAAGUCACAGCGAAUCAAGAAGUCCGACAAAUCUUGACAUUUGACGACCUCAUCCUCAUUUUGAGCGAGUCUCAGCUCCGUGGCCAGAUUAGGAGAGGGCUGCCCAUGUUUACGCAUCUAUCUGAAAAUCUUCUAAACAUGCAGUGCAUGUUGCAAACCUCGCUGACCACGGUGCUUAUGGGUGGACAUCAAGAAACCAUUGUGGAGUUCGACCUUUCUCAAAACAUGGAGACGAAAACGGUGCACAUUGGUGGGACAGGAUGCGCCAUCCUGCGCGGCCAAGGAGGUCACAACCGGAUCUGCGCAGGGUUAACUUCCGGCCAAGUUUAUUUCCUGGAUUCACGAACGUACAAAAAGGAACAAAGCAUCGAUGCUCAUUCUGGCAGUUUGUCUGACCUCGAUGUUCAUGGCAACCUACUCGUCACCUGUGGCUUCUCGUCACGACACAACACCUGCAGCGUGGACAGAUUUCUAAAAAUUUAUGACCUUCGCGUCCUCCGUUCCUUGGCUCCUAUUCAGGUUUCCAUCGACCCCAUCAUGCUCCGUUUCCUGCCUUCGUUCUCCUCCCGUAUCGCCGCCCUCAGUCCGUCGGGCCAGAUGGAAAUUUUGGAGACGCAGGCGCUCUCCACAGCAAACUUUUUGAUAUAUCAGGUCACCUCGAAUGGUUCAGAGUCUCGGGCCUUCGACGUCUCCUCGUCGUGUCAUCAGCUCGCUUUUGGCGACGAAACGGGCACGCUCAACUUAUUUUCGUCCAAUCCGACCUCAAUGUUCAACCCGUUUUCGAGGGGAACGGAAUUUCCGGACCCUGUGGAACAAUUUACUCCCAUCAGUUUCAACAUGGAGGACGUCAACUCGCCGUGCUUGUCGAGCGUGCCGCUACCUUUUGUGACGCAGACGGGGCUGGGGAAUGAAACUCUGUGUUCGGACUGGCCGACGUACCUGGUUCAACCCGGGUAUCGCAGGCACCCCGCGGUGGACCAGUCUCUUCUCCAGUCGAUGAAAAUGGUGGGACCGAUCGGAUAUGCCCCGAACCCUGGAACGUUUCGGAGGAAUCAGAUGCAGUACAAGUUUGAUGCCAAGAGCAUGAGCGGGGGGACGCUGACCAAUGUGAAGCAGCCGCUCAGCCCCAGUUCCGCCUUUGUGAUGAUGGGUCCUGGGAGUCACCGUUCUUCACCCGCACAUGGAAAACCGUUCUCUCCUCCGGGAACGUCCCCGCAGUCACCCCGCUCGUCACGAGGAGGUCGACCACCCCACUCUCACCAUCAUCAUCAUCACCACCACCACGGUGGUGGAGUCACGUCACGCGGUCAUCACUCCUCAUCGUCCUUAUCUCCAAAUAAGUUUCACAUUCCAAAACGAUACGCGCGGAUUGAGUGGAAAAAGUCAAGCUUCGAACUUCCCGAUAUGGAGCCCUUCAACAAAACCAAGCUCUCAGGGUUGGAAGCCAUCACGGUCAAUUCGUACUGCAACUCGAUGAUCCAAGUCAUUUACCACAUCGACUAUCUGAGAGGAUUUCUGAUGAGCCAUCUCUGCAAACGGGAGGCCUGCCUGAGCUGCGAGUUGGGCUUCUUGUUCUACAUGUUGGACCAGAGUCGAUCCCUUCCUUGUGCAGGGAGCAACUUUCUCCGAUCCUUCAGAGUUGUCCCGGAAGCUACCGCAUUAGGAUUGAUCCGACAAGAAAACCAGGCCAAACAGAGGUCCGCACUGUAUCGGUUAAUCUCUAACUGGAAUAGAUUCAUCCUCCAUCAAAUCGAGACGGAGACGACGGACAAGAACGAACACUCGACAUCGACGGAGAACACGAUCCACGACCUGUUCGCAAUGAAGCAGGAGAACGUCAACAGUUGCGCGAGGUGUGGCAAAGUAUUGAGGAAGGAGUCCGUCGUCCUCCUCUCGAACCUAUUGCACGACGUUUCCGGAAACAUUGACCCCAAUCAAGGCAACUUUGUCCACCUUUUGGAAAAGACGCUUUACCCUGAACAAACCACUCCGGCGUGGUGUGACAUUUGUCGCAAGUAUUCGACCACCUUUCAAUCUCGCGCACCACAAAAUCUUCCCCAUAUCGUCGCCGUAAAUACGUGUUUGGAUGGGUCGAACAAAGACUUUGAAGUUUGGAUGGCCCACAUGGAAUCGAAACUGGGAGAUAAAUCUGUCCGAAUUGGUGGAGCUGCUGCUACCACGGCGGCGUUGAGUCGUCGCGAUAUUUCGAUGGGUUCGCCGUCUGAUCAGUUUUUGGGAGGAUUGUCGCCCUCACCGGGAGCACUUCCAGGGGGAUCGUCGUCUAAUACGUCUUCAGGUCCUGGGCAUUUGAGAUCGUGCCGAUAUGGGAAUGCGUGCACGCGACCGGACUGUAAAUUCUGGCAUGAGGAUAGAAAUCCUUUACAGGGAGGACAUGUAAAACAAACCGAGUUCGACCUAAGUCCUGAGGUGCAAGUGAAAUGGUUACCUUCCAAAAUAAGGAUCAGUAUUGGAGAGAACGGGCGGCUCUCGGUUGUCGAUUUGGACACGUCACCACAAUCCUCUUCUCCAACGGAUGACAUGGACGAUGACGAGUCUCAACUGAGUCCUCCCUUCACAUCCGACUACGAGCUCACCUCGGUCGUCGUGUACGUCAAGGAUCCCGAGGCGGAGGAUAAGCACAAUCUCGUUUCUCUUAUCAGAGUAGCGUCCUCAUAUUUGGAGAGGGCGGGUCAACCCGUUCCUGCUGAGGGAGCGUCGUGGUUCCUCUUCAACGAUUUCUGCGUGAAACAGGUCCCCGCCACAGAAGCGUUGUACUUCUCCCCCAAGUGGAAAUUCCCCUCUGUGGUGUACUAUCAAAAGGUGAGGAUGCCACCGCACUUCCGCUCUUUUCCCAUCGUCCCCACCGUCACGUCCGAAGUGCUGAAGGACCUCUUCCUCCCAAAACCUAAGGCGAAGGAAAUUCCUGGCACGAAGAGCAAAGUGGCCAAGCACCCACCCGUCCCCCUCCCGUACAAGCCCCUCGACCCGGACGAAAUUCCGCAGAGGGGAGAACUCGUCGCUAUCGAUGCCGAGUUCGUCACUCUUGGCCAGGAAGAAACCGAGUUGAGAAGUGACGGGAAAUUGAGCACGGUGAAGCCGCAACAAUUAUCGUUAGCUCGCGUGACCUGUCUCCGGGGUCAGGGUCCGCUCGAAGGCACGCCCUUCCUCGACGACUACAUCUCCACGCAAGAAGUCGUUGUGGACUAUCUGACCAAAUUCUCUGGCAUACAACCAGGCGAUCUGGACAUCAACUACAGCUCGAAACAUCUCAUAACGCUCAAGUCAGUCUACUUAAAGUUGAGGUUUCUCAUCGACUCGGGCGUCAAGUUUGUAGGUCACGGACUCUCGAAUGAUUUCAGAGUUAUCAAUCUCGUCGUUCCGGCGGAUCAAGUAAUUGACACGGUGUCACUAUUUUAUCUUCCGAAUCAGAGGAUGGUGUCGCUGCGAUUCUUAUCGUGGCAUUUUCUUGGUGAAGUGAUCCAAUCUGAGACGCACGAUUCUGCGGAGGACGCACGUGCAGCGUUAUCCCUCUUUCGAAAGUAUGAGGAAUUAAAAGAGUUUGGGAAUUUGGACCAAGCAAUCGAAGAAUUGUACGAAGUUGGGAGCAGAUUACAGUGGAAGGUGAACGGGAGUGAUAAAUAAAUAGAAAAUUAAACCUUCCACCAAUUAAGGAAAUUUUGGACUAUAUAUUUGUAACAAAUAAGUGAUAAUUAACUAGCAAUAUUAGUAAAAUCCACAAUCUGGACGCAAAUUUUAAUCUCUUUUAAUCAAGUGUGAGAGAAGAGGACGCAUUUUUAAUCAAAUUGUCACGACUUUCGCUACAUUUCUACACCGCACCAAUUUAACAAGGAAAUCGAAAUUGUUUAAUUAAUUAAUGAUUUAGUUUAAAGUGUUAUUUUUAGUCGGGAAAGUGUAUGAAUGUGGUGUGUUUGUGUUAUAUCUAUUUUUGUCGCUGCACUAUGAAUUAAUUUACAUGUUGUGAUUUUAAUUAUUGUCGUAAUUAUUUUUUAACAAGAGCGAAUUAUUAUCACUUUGUUCCAAUUUCGCCCACAUUUAUUAUUAUUAUCGCGUAUUAUUAUCAAGUAUUACAAUUUUGUGUUAAUUUCUACUACUCCUCGAGAUUAAGGAACCUCUCAGUAUGAAGAAUGUUGUGAAUUUCUACGAACGCGAAGAACAAGAAACGAAAUGUGAUCCUGUAGCUGUAAUUAAGUAGCUGUAAUUAAGCGAGAAACAAAAAGUAUUUCCAGUUUUACACGAGACUUUAAUAGAGACGAACUAUGAGCAAAUACAAAAAUUAUUGAAUAGUUUAAUUGGUGGUACACGGUACUUAGAAAAAUAAGGAAUUUGUUACAAUUAUGCAUGAGAAAUAAAAUUAAUUAUUUGAAAUAACAUACCCAAAUUAAAGCAUCAAACCUUGUAUCAUAUCACAUAUAUUUUACAGGUUAAAUAAAUUGAUUAUGGAAUGUAAAA